GGAGAGAAGAAAGAAAAACCGGCGUCCAAAUUCUUUAACCGCAAAUCUGUAACGGGAUUUCAGGUAGCAUAUGUGGUGUUCAAGAAACCAUCUGGUGUCCAGGCGGCCAAGGCCCUUUCGCGGGAAGGUCCAUUACUGAUAUCAACAGAGAGUCACCCUGUGAAAACCGGCAUCAGCAAGUGGAUCGCCAACUAUGCGGCCUCAGUCGUGGAUCAAGAGGAGCUGAAGGCUGAGGUGGAUGCCUACAUGCAGGACUACGACAAAAAGAUUGCAGAGGAAGAAGCCAAAGCGGCCAGGGAGGAGGGUGUUCCGGAUGAAGAGGGCUGGGUGAAGGUAACGCGGAAGGGCCGGAAGCCUGGCCUGCCCCGGACAGAAGCUGCCAACCUGCGGGUGCUGGAGAGGGAGAAACAGAAAAGGGCCCGCAAAGAGCUGCUCAACUUCUAUGCCUGGCAGCAUCGUGAGACCAAGAGAGAGCACAUCGCCCAGCUGAGGAAGAAGUUUGAGGAGGACAAGCAGAGAAUCGCGCUGAUGCGAGCCCAGCGCAAGUUUAGGCCGUACUAAGUUGCGCUGAGCUAUUCCUCUGGUGCCUGCGCUGGAGAGGGUGGGAGAGAUGCUUGUGGACAUCGUGUUCCAAAGGAUUUCAAGGAAUUUGAGGCAGCUUUAGGUUGUCCCUGCCCUUGGAUCUGAAAUGGGAGAUCCCAGCAUCUGCUACUGGAGGGGCAGUUUCCUUCACUGGCACCGGUGUCCUGCUCUUC